AUGGACCAACACCCAGCCGCCACGCGCAAGUGCAGAGGCCUGGAGGUGAAGGUGCUUGACGAUGGCACCGUGAUGAAGCUCCAGAAACUGAGGCAGCGGCGCAUCCUCAGCUGUGUCCACUGCCACUCGAAAAAAAUCAAGUGUUCCAGGGCCCACCCGGUGUGUAACAACUGCUCCAAGUUGGGAAUCUCGUGCAAAUACUUUGCCAAUGAGAGGGUGUCGAAGGGCGGCAAGAAGAGGAGGAAGAGUGUGAGGGCCGAAGAUGCUCUGAAACAGAAAAAGUCAAAGACUGAUCUGCUGUCUGGCCAUUCGUCGGUAGCCAUGUCUACCAGACCGCUGUCGGAACUGAGUGAAUCGGUCAAGCUGGCUGACAACUCUGUAGGUCAGGAGUUGGGCCUGUCUCACUCUUCCCACUCAGAAUAUGAUAAGGAGGACAACGAGGCCGACCUACAGCACCUGCUGAAGAAGCAGUCAGAAUUCUUGCAGCACGACUCUCCACUGAGCUACCUUCAACUAGGGCUCAAUCUCUACAGGCAUGGCCAGGCACAGGGCUUGUCUCCCGAGAUGGCCACGCCCAAUAUCUUGCAAACGCCGAUCUUGAACCAGAACAGCAACAACAUCACCAACAAUUUCUUCGGCACAAACUAUGCAAACAAACCUCUGGGCCUGGAUGAGUUGCAGAAUUCGAACGGUCCGCCUGAGGAGUACACUUUCAACUUGAGCUCGUUUGCGUUUGCCAAUGUUGAUAUGCUCAAUGCGAAGACGCUGCCGCUCACAGAUAAGGCCGAUGAAGGGAGGCCAGGAAGCGAACUACAAAGCAGAGUCAACUCGACCACAAACCUCACCAACUUGUAUAAGAACUCUGUUUCUACUGGAGGAGCCACCCUGAAAAACUUCCUUGAUGCACCCUCUGAAUCGGCUGGGCCUGUUUCGUUUACUGCUCAAAGGAAUUCGCAACCAAACAACCCAGGGCUCCACAACUCCCUCAAUGCCUACUCCUCCAACCCAGCGACCACGGUCAAUUAUUUAUACGGCACGAACACUUAUUAUGACAAUGACAACUUGUUUGCCGACCUCCUUACGCAUUUACCCAACUCACGAGCUCGCUCCUUUGAGCUUUUAGAGCGCUACAUCAACUCGGUCCAUAUUUUGCUCCCUAUCUUGGUCAAUUUGAAUGAGUUCAUCAAGGAACACGAAAAGUACUGGGACUUGUACGAUCCAUAUAAGAACAUGUCUGUUUCAUCCCCGGGCUCCUCGCUUCAUUCAUCUUCCGAUAGCCCAAGUGCCAAAGACUUCAAUUUAUUGCAGUUCUACACCUUAUACUUCCCUGUGCUUUAUGCAUCCACCAUCUCUGAGUUUGAAGAGUACGAUAACCUUCUUCUCAAUCAGGACAUCAACAAGUACUUAAAAGGAUUCAACAAAAUCUGCCAAUACUACAAUUAUCCUCAUGGCAUCAAAACUAUGCCUUUGUUGCUUGGAAACGUCAUCAUUCAGUCCACAUCUCCCAAUCCCUCAACAAUGGAAAUGUCUCAAAUCAUUCGUUACGCCAAGUUCAUGCAGCUACAUAAGGAUCCCAUCAUCUCACUCCGAAUUCAGGAUUGGAAAGUCGUCAAAUUCAGAAGGCUUCUUUGGUGGGUCAUCUUUGGUCUUGACGCCUUGAGCAGUCACAACUUUUGUUUGCCCCCAGUUUGCAAAUUUGACGAUUUCAAUGUAGUCAUGCCUGACGAUGAGGACCCGGUACUUGACGAGGACGGUAUGGUUGUGAGAAAGAAUUUGAACGUCACCAUCCUUGCACUAUUAGUUAAAUUUAAGUUUGAUAGGAUCUUGAGUGAGCUUGUGUAUCAGCUUCACAACGGACUCUCAACAAACAUCACUCCAGAGGAGACGGAAGAAAUCAAACGUAUGAUCGUCAAUUUAUUUCACUUCAUCCACAAGUCAAUCAACAAAAUUACCCACUAUUAUCAGGAUCGUCCUCCAAAAACAGUGCAAGAGAUGAACUUACUUCAUUUCAUCAAAAAUCACUCAUGGAGUUUUGUUGACCGAGCAUUAAUGCUUCUUCAUAAGAAGAUUUUACUCAGAAACCCUUCCAGAGCCCUCGAUGAUGGUAGCGUUGGAAACAUAAGGAACGAAAAGGCUCUUACUAAGGAGCGUGAAUCUGCUCUAUCGCUCAGCAAGUAUGAGGACACUUUUGGUAAGAUUCAGGAGGCCAACAUCAUAAGCAAUUUUGACAGCUCAUCCAUUUCCCAGUUGCGCUUCAAUCAGCAUGAGUUGUUUACGUACGAGAACCUCCAGAACAACUUAAUUCCCUCGAUUCUUCACAACUUGAAUGACUUCCUCAAGUAUAAUGAUUUCAUCAAGUUUGGCAAGUUCAACUGGUAUGUGAAGCGAACGAUUCCGUUGGACUCAAUAAUCUUGUUGUUUAUCAUCAUGUGUGUCAAGUUCAAGUACGAGUUCAUGACUGUGAACGAGUUGGUGAUUUACGUCAAGCUCAUCAACAAAGCGCUCUUCAUUCUCAAUAGAAAAUAUUUCAAGAACGAGAAGUACAAGAGAAUGUUGUCACUCACAAAUCUCACGUGGGAGUACAUCUUGAAGAAAUACAAUGUGUUCAAAUUGGUGAGUGUGGUGAGCGAUGGAAUGCAAGGGAGAGUCGAGUUCUUUGAUUACCAAGUAAGUGGGUACAUGAAUAUGAGUGAGCUCUUCAACACGAUGGAUGUUCCUCAACCAGCUCUCAUUAGUAACGGAGUCAACUUGGGCACGGUUCAGUAUGAGGGUCAGCAAGGAUUCGAGACGAGCUCAUGGGAGGAAGAGCAGCAGAAGGAGCUGGCAGAACAACGACAGGUGAUGAAUCAGAGCGUGUUUCUGAAUAAAGUUGACCUUAACGAAGGGAAGAGCAUGGCAGAAAUCCAGAGCCAGAGGCAUGAGUUGCUGCAGUUGAACGAAAAGAUCUACUACGACUUGCGCAACAAUUUUGUUGACAUCAACGAUUACUGUACGUUCUACUCUUCGCUUGAAAAUGUUCUUCAUGAGCUCAUGGACUACAUCAACGAGACCACCAAGGGCUUGUAA